CCACCGAGUCAUGACGAUGCUGGGCCUCAACAGCACUCAGCCGUUAUCUUGUCAGUGCACGCUACCGCUCAAAUUACCCUGCAGUCGCGCCACUUUUUGUAAUUUAAGCACGCCACUAGACCGACUAGUAUUCUGGAAAGUCAGCCGGUUACUCGCGUUUUAUCGGCCCCGAAGGUUCGAUUGGACUCCAGCGGUCAGGAAGGUCACUCCGUGUGUUUCCUUUCGGACUACGAAGUCCAGCUUCUUCUCUAGUGCUGCAUGACACUGCUUCAUGUAUACUUCCAUCUGCGCAACCAAAGGGCGUUUCAGCGACUCCUGGAACGAGACCGUUCCGGACCUUCCGGGUCAGCCGGUCCUCGCACUGGUGCUGGGAAGUCAUCUCCAGAGAAAUCAUGGUCCCGCAAGUUGGUCGCCCCAGCACUGGAAGUAAAUGCGUUUGACGAUCUUGGUCGCUCUGUCCUUCACCUUGUGUGUUCGUCAACAGAUACUUCCAGUACCGAGUAUGCACGCAUGCUGCUUUCGCAUCCCAACAUCAAUGUCAAUCUACUAGACAAGGAGAAUCAUUGGACGCCCCUCCACAGGGCCUUGUAUUCCGGAAACACUGAGACUGCAAUCCUUUUGUUGAAGCAUCCGGAUGUUAACACGUCCGUCAAGGACUUUGAAGGAUACUCAGCCUUUGAUUUGUACAACUUGACGGUUCGGAACGCGAAACCACAGCCUUGUGACGGACAGGUACUUGCUGACCUUCUCACAUGGGGUGCGAAUCGGAAUGCUGCACUUGGACACGGCGAUGCGAGUGACCGUACUUUUCCUGAUUCUGUCGCCCUUCCCACGAAAAACGCAGCAGACGCCCGAAACCAUUCGUUGGAAGAUCGUUUUGCGGCGGUCAAUGUAUGCGACGUUAAGAUGUCGAAAUUACACACAGCUAUUCUCACGAAUGAACCCCGUGACAAUCUGCGUUUAUGCGGCUUUGGGAGUGGUGGACGGCUCGGGCCCUCCUCCCAUACUGUGUAUACUCCUACCCCACUAACUCUUCCGACGAGGUGCGCUAUUGUCAGCGUUGCUCUUGGUCAAGAUCAUACCCUUGCCGUCACCAAUGCAGGAGAAAUCCUGAGUUGGGGCCUCAACAGGUUUUCGCAGUUGGGAUAUGUAGUGGAAACCAGUCAAGGAGGCUUUGUUCAGGAAGCCGUCCAAUCGACCCCACGUAAGAUCAGUCAUCUUAAGAAGGAAUUUAUAAAGGGUGUCGCCGCAUGCAAGAGCGCAAGUGCUUGUUGGUCACACUCUCAAGUGUGGACAUGGGGAACUAAUAAUGGACAAUUGGGGUACGACAAGACCUCGACGUCAGUGCAAGUUUAUCCUCGUCAGGUAUCUGUCAUUACAGAGCCCAUAUUUGGUAUGGCAAUGUCGGAAACUGCUACUGCAUGCCUUUUCACGAGUGGUGAUGUGGUAUGUAUAUGGCAUGGAGGGGUGUCCAAGGUGAACUUCCCAACCCAUUCCUUCCCAUCUGAAAUGUCCGUAUAUCGCCCUCCGCAAGCUGUUAGGGGUGCUGCGAUCACAAAAGUUGUCAGCUGCGAAAACUCGUUUGCAGCGUUGUCCUCUAAUGGCGAAGUGUUCACAUUCUCUGCCCCAAUGGUCUUAGAAUCGGAUGGACUCGGUCUAUCCGGGAAAAAGGAGAAACUGGUAAAGCCCCAACGAGUGUGGGCUUUGAGGUCCCAGGCGAGUAGUGUCCAGGACGUCGACAUUGGAGGCGAUGGUACUCUCAUCGUGUGCACGCGAUCUGGACAUGUCUACGUACGUUCCCGGAAUCUGAAGAGCAGCGCGGCCAGUGGCGGGAAUAAGUCAUUCAAGUUUCAACGCGUCCCCUAUAUUCAGAGGGUGGUUGCGGUGUGCACAAAUAGCACCGGUGCGUUUGGGGCGUUACACGCCGAAUACAAACCGCCGCCAAUUCAAGUCGUGGGGAGACCGUUUGAAGGGGACAUGGCUGCAAUUAUACCGUUUCUGCCCGAGGUGGAGCCAGCUCCUGGUCGGGCAAGUACUACCGGUGGGAACCACGUCCCAACCGACGAUGAGAUGGAGGACGCUAUGCGUUGCGAAAGACCUCAACGAGUUCCUCUCGACGAAGGGACGGCCGCCAUGGCCUCCUCGCAUGACGCUGACAUCAUAGUUCGUGUGGAAAAGAAUUUCGCUUUUCACGCUCACAGACUUGUGCUCGCCGCGCGUUGCAAGCCACUGCGGACAGUUUUAUAUGGAAACGAGAUCUUAAAGGACAAGCACAUUCAAAUGACAAUCAAUUUUCUUCCCUUCCCAGUAUCGCCAAUACUCGGUCAUCUGCACGUGACAAGAGUCAAUCCGCUUUCAGUGCUCAUCCUCCUCUACUAUCUUUACUCUGAUAACUUGCUGGCGUUAUGGGACCGUCGAGUCGGGCUCGCUUUGGCGGAGCAGUGCAAGGCACUCGGUAUCUUGCCGAUGCAGGUCAAGUACGAACUCGUAGUUCUCGCUGGGAUUUUAGAGCUCCCUCAACUUGCUCAAGCCCUCCAAUCCGUUGUCAAAUGUGCACCCACACCCACAGCACGCGUGCAAUAUGGACAACUCUUCGAUUACGUGCAAUCCGUCACAGAACCGCCCAGGUCAGAUGCCCAUACGGACCCGCUGGCACCUGACGUGGCUUUACACUUACGUGACAAGGUCGUUUAUGCGCAUUCGAUUGUUCUUCGUGCACGGUGUCCUUUCUUCUCGGCAUUCUUUGGAGAUAAAGAUUGGACCUCUCGUAGGCGAGACCAAUUUGGUGUCAUCGAUGUUCAGAUGGAUCAUUUCGAGUGGACGGUGAUGCAGUUUGUCCUGCGCUUUAUCUGUUUUGGGGAGGAGAAACUGUUCGACGCACUUGACUUUUUGGAGAGUAUUGAUGACGUCGUCGAGUUCAUGUUUCGCAUGGUGGCUGCGGCGAACGAACUAUUGCUUGAUGGUCUCGUGCUCCUUUGCUCAAAAGUCAUCCUGGGACUCCUCAGUCCUUACAAUGCUUGCUAUAUCCUUACUGACGCUAUUCAUUACAAUGCGGUUGACCUCGUGAAGAGCAUUGAGAGUUACAUAACCGCUAACUUGGAAAUGUUUUUGGAAUUGGAGAUUUUGGAUGACCUGGAGACCUUGGCAGUGCGACAUCUGGCUGGGUUUAUACGCUCACAGCAGGCGGAAAAGACGCCUCUCAUGCGAUCGAAUAGGCUUGCCAAGGAGGCAGUGGGAAGGCAUCAAGAGUGGUUGGCCAACCAGGAUAUUCCUGAACCCUUUGUACCGAUUCCGAGGGUUUCGCAGGUUCAAAAAGAUUCCCCUGGAACCUCUAAACCUCGGGCGCGACCUAUUCUUCAUUCCCCUUCCUUAAGUCCGUCGUUAAUGCCGUCUCUACCAUCGAAGUCGGGGUCUCGAGAUAUAGUUGGGGACGAGUUGUUUGUGAUGGACGAUUCGGAUGCGGUGCCCACGCUGGAUUUGAAUGUGCCACAACCCGGUUUUCCGACUUCGCCCAUGAACCAGUACGCCACGACUACUCCUCGGCCGGUAUGGAAGACGACUCCAUUCGUGCCUCGGGUGGACCUCAAAGUUAUCAUGGUGGAAGCUGAAGCGAGGAAAAUUGCACCGUCUUCUCCUGUUUCAAGGUUUUCAAAGACUCCAGAUAAACCCAGGAAGACGAGCGAGCAGUUUGCAACACGUGUCCCGACCAUGCCUAAUUCAUCAGGGCUGCAAUCCAAAGCGUCGCCACUCAAUCAACUGCAGUCUGUACCGGCCACGCCUUCCAAACUAACGAAUGCGAGUUUGCCGCCGGCAUUAGGUCCAAAGAUCACUCCAGUGAGGCAAGCAGUUCCUAUCCCCUCUGGGUCACCAAGACCGCGAAAAGUACAACCUGCUUGGACUUUCCAUCCUGUACAAGCUAGUGUACAGCCAGGCAUACAGGAUGGAGUGCCGUCAUUCGCCGAGAUUCAGUUACUGCAACAAACACAGAGUGCAUCCGCAGCCCAAGACAAGCGAUCGUUGUUAGAUAUCCAAGAGGAAGAGCGUGCGAGAAAGCAGGAAGAGGAUUUCCUCCAGUGGUGGGCAGCUGAGGAAGAACGUGUGAAACAGGAGCUUUCUGAACAGGAUAGACUGCUUUCACCGGCCGCCACUGCUAACACACUACCCGCCGGGAAUCCUGUCAGAGGAAAUGCCAAAGGUAGGAGGACGCGACCGACCGAAGGUGAAUCAUUUCCCACGUUGAAGGGCCAAGGCGAGUCAUGCGCGAGUUCGGCUAGUUCUCGGGCUGCGAAGAGUCGUAAAUCACGAGCUUAGAACCCAAUCAUCAGCAACGAAGAGUAUAAUGAAGCCAGAAUCAUCAACCAUCUUUCAAUAUUGCAAUACAUCUUCAAUCUAUGUGCUCGGACGCGCUCCUAUUGCAUUGCAUAGGCUGUUGCAACUCAGGUGCACGCCACGCCUUGAUUAUGUGUAGCAGGCAACACG